CUUAAUUUCUUGAUCCUAUCAGUAAGAGGUAGACUUACGAAAGGCUUGCAAAUAUUUCUGGAAAAAGCACUGGCUGGCUUAUUCACCUCUGUAUGGUCAAUCACUGUGUUUCUGCAGGACCCAAGAAGCAGAUUGGUUAGUGAAGAAUGCUGUCAGAAGGGUAUCUCAGUGGACUGGCCUACCGGAACGACAUCCACUGGAGUUGUGCAUCUUAUAAUGAGCAGGUGGCUGAGGAAAGGCAAGAGGAGACGAAAUCUGCUACUCUUUCCUAUUCUUCCGUGGAUGAGACACAAGUCAGAAGUCUCUACGUGAGCUGCAAAUCCUCUGGCAAGUUUAUUUCUUCAGUGCAUUCAAGAGAGAGCCAACACAGCAGAAAUCAGAGAAUCACAGUGCUGCAGACAAACCCCAAUCCUGUGUUCGAAAGCCCAAAUUUGGCCGCAGUCGAAAUAUGUAGAGAUCCCAGCAGAGAGACCUACUUGGUUCCACCUUCCUGCAAAAGUAUUUGCAAGAAUUACAAUGACUUACAUAUUGCAGGUGGCCAGGUGAUGGCCAUUAAUUCCGUGACAACAGAUUUUCCUUCCGAGAGCAGUUUUGAAUAUGGCCCAUUGCUGAAAUCGUCUGAGAUUCCUCUGCCCAUGGAGGAUUCCAUUUCCACCCACCCCAGUGACUUUCCCCUAAGACCUAUCCAGCGGUAUUCAUCCUACUGGAGAAUAACCAGCAUCAAAGAGAAAAGCAGCCUGCAAAUGCAGAAGCCUAUUUCUAAUGCUGUGCUGAAUGAGUACCUGGAGCAGAAGGUGGUGGAGUUAUAUAAACAGUACAUUAUGGACACUGUGUUUCAUGACAGUUCUCCUACCCAGAUUCUCGCAUCUGAACUCAUCAUGACAAGCGUGGACCAAAUCAGUCUCCAAGUCUCUAGAGAGAAGAACCUGGAGACCUCAAAAGCCAGAGAUAUAGUCAUUAACCGGCUACUACAGUUGGUGUCAACUGAAAUCAGCACUCCUAGUCUCCAUAUUUCUCAGUAUAGCAAUGUGAAUCCAUAGACAGGAUGCUUCCAUUUCUCUUUCUCAACUACUCAAACCUAAAGCAAGACUUUGUUCAUUUAUUUUGAGGAUGUGCAGGAGGGGGUUGUUAAGGGGAGUCAAGAGCUAGAGACGUAAAGGUCGGCUGGAAGCCAGGUAUGCUUUAAGAGGAAAUCUCACAAUAUUACACAUGAUGAAGGAAUGUGGGUAGAUGAGCUAUAAAGAAUGAUUUCAAAGACAGGGUUGUAUAGCAACAAAGCAAAGAUAAAAAUGAUCGCAAAAGAAAAGGUAUAGUUUAUUUAAGGGAGUUUAGAAAUCGAGAAGGAAGACAAGCCAAAUAAGACAAUGACACACCAUGGCAAAACUAAAAAGCUGAAAGGUUUCAGGGUAAAGAGUUAAGAAUAUACUUGUUACUCAAAUAAAUUCCUCCAAGCUGUUUCUACUGCUAUAAUUGGGUAGAGAGAUAGGCUUGAACAGUUUUCAAAAUGUUUAUAUCUCUUUUCUCUAUUCUGUAUCAGA